CCUGGCAGGAAUUUCUUGCUUGGAGCUCAGACAACAAAGGCAUAGAGAGAUUGGUUUUCUUUCUCUCAGCAUCUCCACCCAACCAGCAGAAAACCGGUGUCUGAGGUUCCCCCGAAAUAUGGAACUUGAUUUUGGACAUUUUGAUGAAAGAGAUAAGACAUCCAGGAACAUGCGAGGCUCACGAAUGAAUGGGCUGCCCAGCCCCACUCACAGUGCCCAUUGUAGCUUCUACCGAACCAGAACCUUGCAGGCGCUGAGCAAUGAGAAGAAAGCCAAGAAGGUACGUUUCUACCGCAAUGGGGACCGCUACUUCAAGGGGAUUGUGUACGCUGUGUCCUCUGACCGUUUUCGCAGCUUUGACGCCUUGCUGGCUGACCUGACUCGAUCUCUGUCUGACAACAUCAACCUGCCUCAGGGAGUGCGUUACAUUUACACCAUUGAUGGAUCCAGGAAGAUCGGAAGCAUGGAUGAAUUGGAGGAAGGGGAAAGCUAUGUUUGUUCCUCAGACAACUUCUUUAAAAAGGUGGAGUACACCAAGAAUGUCAAUCCCAACUGGUCUGUCAACGUGAAGACUUCUGCCAAUAUGAAAGCCCCCCAGUCCCUGGCUAGCAGCAAUAGUGCCCAGGCCAGAGAGAACAAGGACUUUGUGCGCCCCAAGCUGGUGACCAUCAUCCGCAGCGGGGUGAAGCCUCGGAAGGCCGUACGUGUGCUUCUGAACAAGAAGACAGCCCACUCUUUUGAGCAAGUCCUCACUGAUAUCACUGAAGCCAUCAAGCUGGAGACUGGGGUUGUCAAAAAACUCUACACACUGGAUGGAAAACAGGUAACCUGUCUCCAUGAUUUCUUUGGUGAUGAUGAUGUGUUUAUUGCCUGUGGUCCUGAAAAGUUUCGCUAUGCUCAGGAUGACUUUUCUCUGGAUGAAAAUGAAUGCCGAGUCAUGAAGGGAAACCCAUCGGCCACAGCAGGCCCAAAGGCAUCUCCAACGCCUCAGAAGAGUUCAGCUAAGAGCCCCGGCCCUAUGCGCCGGAGCAAGUCUCCAGCUGACUCAGGUAACGACCAAGACGCAAACGGGACCUCCAGCAGCCAGCUCUCUACCCCCAAGUCUAAACAGUCACCCAUCUCCACGCCCACCAGUCCUGGCAGCCUCCGGAAGCACAAGGUAGAUCUGUACCUGCCUCUGUCCUUGGAUGACUCGGACUCACUUGGUGAUUCCAUGUGAAGACGAGAAUGUUCGGAGUCCAGAGUACAAAUCCAAGCUCACCGUUACAAUAGGGUACUUCUGCUCAAGGGUCCAACAGGGCUAUUGGUGCUUUCAAAUUUUUAUUUGUCGUUGUUGUUACUUUUAAAAACACACUGUAAUAUGUUGGGUUUAUGUUCCUGUGAUUUCUCCUCUGGGCCACUGAUCCACAGUUACCAAUUAUAAGAGAUAGAUCGAUUAACCAUCCUUCGGGGUAACUUUCCGGGGAUGCAAAAUGUGCUAGUCCGUGACCUUUCUAUUGAAAACUUAGGCGCCUGCGUUAUUUCUCCCCCGUCUCACUUUGCUCAUACACGACAGUCUUCCUUCUGUAGAGGGUUGUUUACAUACAUAGCCCUGAAAAUGCGUAUGUGGGAAAGACACUCUUUGGCAAAUCCAAGAGUGACAAACACAAGUGCCCCUUGUCUCCUGAUCUCAAGAAUGCUGGAAGAUCCUGGGAGGGUGGCAAGGCAGCUCCCCAGCCUUGCUCUUCACUCCCGACUGAGCCCCCAGUUUGUCUAGCACCAGUUCUGGCUGUCAAGGGGGAGAAACACCAGCAAUUUGUAAUUCUGACAGCAGAUGCUUAGGACCCCGGUGCAGGGCAAGUGAAAACGAGACUAGGCAGAAUUGAGAAACAUUGUCGGCGUUUUGGUAGCAUUUCUAAAGCACAGCAAAUUUCUUGUCUGAGCUCUCCAGUGGGGCAAUUUGGAAUCAAUAAGCAAUUAAGGGUUGGCGGUGAGGGACUUCGUAUGCCCGAUUCCUCUAGGAGGCUGUCUAACAUAGCGAGUUAUUACACAAACUGUAUGGUAUCCAUCUGUCUCUGUUCUAUUGAAUGCCUUGUAAACAGCCAACACUGAAAACACUGUGAGAAUUUGUUUUCAGGUCUGACACCUUUUGGUCGCUUUUUAUAGCAAGAAAACCAAUAUCCUUUUUAUAAAACUUCGUGUCUGUACUUCGGGAGCAAACUCUUCAGGCUCCGUUUUUAUAAACUGGUGAUUUUUCUUUUGUCUAAAAAACACGUGCAGAAAAUUUACCAAAAAAAAAAAAAUGCAGAAGAAUAACAUAGUUUAGAAAUCAUGCUGUCACUGCCAAACAGAAACCUCCGGGAGGAAACAAAAAUGAGUAGCAGAGGCCAAUUCAAUAGAAUCAGUCUUUUGAUAACUUUAUAACAGUUAUGCUUACAUUAAUAAUUUCAACGUGGACCAGACAUUCUAAUUAUAUUUUAAGGGAAAUGUUACGGCAUAUUUUCAGCAAGUCUUUUUUAUCUGCGAUCCUGAUAUUUCAUACUGAAGACACAGAGACCUUUCACUUGUCUUUCACGCUAGAAAGGAUUUCUCUUUACUAAGGACUGAUCAUUCGAAAUAGCUCUCAGUCUUUGAGGUACCGGUUCAUAACACUGCUUUUUGUCUGUAACCAUAGCCCAUAACGGCAAAGAUGACUAAAUUUAAGGGAAAGCCAUGCAUGCCAGUUCUGUGUUUGCUUUUAGCAGAUAUGAAGAUUUUUUCCCCUUAUUUCUUUGUAAUUGUUCGGAUAGUGUGUGAGGGGCAGCACUCAAAGCCAAGCUGUGGUUUGGUUCCUGAGGGAGUUGCAGUUGUUCCUCCUCUUGAACUGGAAUGAGCUUGGGAGGUGUGUGCGUAUGUGUGUGUAUACCCUCAGUGGCUUCACAACUGGGAGAUACUGCAGGAUACCCCGGAUCCGUGGCAACUUGGUGGCAUUGCUGAUGUGGAAGGGAACUUGGUGGUGGAAGGGGUAGCUCAGAUACCCCUAGACAAGCUUCAGAGGACCUUAGCUACAAGAAAUAUCUUUGGCUCAAGAAAAGUCCUGAUGAUAAUAAUACUGAUUCCUGGUUCAAUGGGUCACCAAAGAACCCCAAAUCAUGAGAAACUUUCUUUGCCUCUCUCCUUUAUGUGUAGGCCUGUUGGAAACCACGACAGAGCCCAUUUUCUUUACUCCCUACUUUCUUCUGGAAGCUCAAGGUUUUUCCUUAGUGCCUCCCAGAACAAUUUGUAGUUAAUUGGGAAAAACUGGUACUUGGGAUGGUGGGGAGGGGGGAAGGGGCAGUAUAGAGAGAGUAGCAGGUCUAUUUUUAAUCUUCAGGCCAGACCCCCAAAGAUUCCACUCUCUCCAGAUCUCAUUUAGCCCAGUUCCUUCCAUUUAAGAUGAGACAGAGGCUGAGGCCGCUAACAGACAGGCUGGUGAGGAGCAAGACCAGAGGAGGAGUUUAGAUUCUC